CCCGGGCCCAACCCCAGCGCCACGAGCGUCGGCUCCCCCGCACGCCCCUCCCGCUCGGCCGGCUUCACUGUCCGGCAGAGGAAGAAUGCCAGCUGUGGGACAAGAAGUGCAGGCCGUGCCACUUCCACUGGUACUGGUGGCAUGUGGCGAUUCUACACUGAGGACUCUCCAGGGCUCAAAGUUGGGCCUGUUCCAGUUUUGGUCAUGAGUCUUCUUUUUAUUGCUUCUGUCUUUAUGCUGCACAUCUGGGGUAAAUACACUCGUUCAUAGACUCAGCUGUCAACUUAAAGCAUACAUCUUGGACCAAAAAUAUGGUGAAUCCUGGUUGUUCUUGGAGAGAGACUGGGGAAGCUUCCUCUAUCACCUGUUGAAGUCCUGUCAACUUUGGCUCUAAUAGCGAACUGAGAAAUUCAUUUGGUAUUUGGGCAGGUUUAAAGUCUGUCAUGGGUCAUUUUAUAUUUGUAUCUGUACUCUUAGAAUACAGGUAUUGCAAUAAAAGUUGUAUAUGGAAAUAGAAA